AGGUUGUAUAGCCCGAUAUCGCAAAUUACAAAUUUGCCUCAAGGGGCUUUACAGCAACACAAUGUCCCAUCCUUAGACCCUCUCAUCGGAUAAGGAACAACUCCCUAGACAAAAAAAAAACCAAAAAACUUUUAACAGGGGAAAAAAAGGUCUGGAAGUAUACAGGUUUAAAGCAGCAUUUAAAGACUCAACAUAUUACCGGGCUGGUUAAGUAUAAAAGGUUAAUAAAGCCUCAAAGAGAUGGGGAGACUUAGAAGGAAAUAUAACUGGAAGGGGAGACAACAGAGUGACACUCAACAGCCAGCGAGGGGUGUGAAGACAGACGUUGUGUUGGAAUUGGAAGAUGGAGACAAACUUAAGGGGGUGGAUGAGAGUAAUGCUUUGGUCCUUCCAGCCAGCAAAGCCAAGAAGAAGAAAGGCAUAGAGAACCCUAUCUCAAAGAAAAAGCCCCUCACUAAGAAGCAGAGGAAACAGUUGGAGAGGGUCUUGGAGCUUAAGGAGAAAAAAAUUCAAAGAGCGGAAAUAUUGACCAAGCUUGCAGAGGUACAGCUCCCAGAAACUGAACUCAAGCUGCUAUACACCACUUCCAAACUGGGCACAGGGGACAAACUUUACCAGAGUAAAGAGACACCAGAUGGCAUGGAAGAUGGAGGCUCAGGGCCAAAGAUCAACAGCCUAAGUGGUGCUAACAGAAAGAGGAAAAGAAAAUGGAAGGAAGAGGACGAAGAGCAAAAGGGAGAAGAGACUAGUGAUCUGGACACUUCCUCUGAUGAAGACGAUGGUGACGAUGGAAGAAUGGAGACCACAGAUGUGGUUGAAGCUAAGGAAACCACCUCCUCAUGUCAGGAGACAGAGGUGAAACAGGGGGAGAAGCCAGAGGAACAGGUGACAGUAAAAGUUGUAAAGGAGGAGGAGGAGAGGAAAGUCCAGAGCAAGAAACCUUCCCAGCCUGCUGUCUUCAUUCCAGUUGAUAGACUACCAGAAAUACAAGAGGCUCGUCUGAAGCUGCCAGUGCUUGCAGAAGAGCAGGUUAUAAUGGAGGCAGUGAAGGAGAGCCCCUGUGUCGUUCUCUGUGGAGAGACGGGGAGCGGAAAGACCACCCAGGUGCCUCAGUUCCUCUACGAAGCUGGCUUUGCAAGUGGCGAUGGUAUUAUAGGCAUCACAGAACCAAGGAGAGUGGCAGCUGUCAGCAUGUCCCAAAGAGUGGCCAAGGAGAUGAACCUGUCCACGAGGGUGGUGUCAUACCAGAUUCGAUAUGAAGGGAAUGUUACUAGUGACACCAAGAUCAAGUUUAUGACAGAUGGUGUUCUUCUGAAAGAAAUCCAGAAGGAUUUCCUGCUGAAGAAGUACAGUGUUAUAAUCAUAGAUGAAGCACACGAAAGGAGCGUGUACACUGACAUCCUGAUAGGCCUGCUGUCUCGUAUCGUCCCACUCCGAAACAAGAAAUGUAUGCCUAUGAAGCUACUGGUGAUGUCAGCUACGCUGCGGGUAGAAGACUUCACAGACAACAGGAAACUGUUUCCAUCACCUCCACCUGUCAUAAAAGUUGAAGCCCGGCAAUUCCCUGUCACUGUCCAUUUCAACAAACGCACCCCGCUGGAGGACUAUACUGGAGAGGUCUUCCACAAGACCUGCAAGAUUCACCGUAUGCUACCCCCAGGUGGUAUCCUCGUGUUUCUGACUGGCCAGGCAGAGGUCCAUAACGUGUGUAGACGACUGAGGAAAGCUUUCCCUUUCAGGAAGGGUAACACAUUCACUGGUGAAGAGGAAGAUGCAGACAACUCAGAGGAGAUUAGAAAGUUCAAGAAAGCCAAACAGAAGAAGGCUGUGUCCCUGCCUCGCAUCGACCUGGACAACUAUUCUGCCUUACCGGUGGAUGAGGGAGAUGAGGACAGACAGGCUGGGAUAGGCGAGGAACAGGAUGAGGAUUCUGACCUUGAUUUAGGAGACGAUCCAGGAGGCACAGAAGAGAAGGCAGACCCAUCCAUACCUCUCUAUGUCCUUCCUCUGUACUCCCUCUUGGCCACAGAGCAGCAGGCUAAAGUGUUCAGGCCACCCCCACCUGGCACUCGGCUCUGCGUAGUAGCCACCAAUGUGGCGGAGACUUCGCUCACCAUCCCCGGGAUCAAGUACGUGGUUGACUGUGGUCGGGUUAAGAAACGCUACUAUGACCGUGUGACCGGCGUGUCCUCCUUCAAGGUCUCAUGGACUUCCCAAGCCUCAGCCAAUCAGAGGGCAGGCAGAGCUGGACGAACGGAACCAGGUCACUGCUACAGGUUGUUUUCAUCUGCAGUAUUUGCAGAGUUCAGUCUGUUCUCGGAAGCGGAGAUCACUCGCAGGCCUGUGGAAGACCUGGUUUUGCAGAUGAAGGACCUCAACAUAGACAGGGUGGUGAAUUUCCCCUUCCCCACAGCGCCCUCUGCUGAAGCGCUCAUUGCAGCUGAGCAGUUACUGGUGUCACUGGGAGCUCUGAAAGAGCCGCCUCGCACCGGAAGGGUAAAAGAUAUGGAACAAGUAAAGUUGAGCUGUCCCAUCACCCCGCUGGGUAGGGCAAUGGCUUCAUUCCCCGUGACACCUCGCUAUGCUAAGAUGCUAGCAUUAGGAAAACAGCAGGACUGCCUGGCCUAUGUCAUCGCUGUAGUGGCAGCCAUGACAGUUCGGGAGAUCUUCGAAAAUCUUGACAGACCGGCAGGUAAUGAGGAUGAGAGUUCCAAACUGGCCCAGCGCAGAGCUCGCCUGGCCCAGAUGAGGAGACUGUGGGCUGGGCAGGGAGCGUCACUCUUGCUGGGGGACCUCAUGAUCAUGCUGGGUGCUGUGGGGGCAUGUGAAUACACAGGCUGUACACCAAAAUUUUGUGAGGAGAAUGGCCUGAGGUAUAAAGCAAUGGUGGAGAUCAGGCGGCUAAGAGGACAACUUACCAAUGCAGUAAAUGCAGUGUGUCCAGAGGUGGGUGUGUUUGUGAAUCCCAAGAUGACUCCACCAACAGAGAGCCAGGUGGUUUGCUUGCGGCAAAUUGUUCUAGCUGGACUGGGGGAUCAUCUAGCGAGGCGUGUGCAUGCAGAGGAUAUCCUGGACUCGAAAUGGAAAAAUGGAUACAAGACACCUCUCUUGGAUGAACCAGUUUUUAUUCACCCCUCCUCUGCACUGUUCAAAAAACUACCCGAGUUUGUAGUUUACCAGGAGAUCAUGGAGACAACCAAGAUGUACAUGAAAGGUGUGUCAGCAGUAGAAGCAGAAUGGAUCCCCCAGCUCCUGCCCCAGUACUGCCAUUUUGGUUCUCCCCAAGAGACCCCACCACCGUGGUUCUGUGCCUCCACAGGCACAAUUAAAUGUCAAUGUUUAAGCACCUUCUUCCGAGUGGGUUGGCAGCUUCCUGCAGUGGAGAUGGAUUAUCCAGAUGGGCUGGACCGCUAUAAGUAUUUUGCAAGGUUCCUGCUUGAAGGACAGGUGUGCCCUAAACUGAAGAAACACAGUUCUCGUCUGCUCUCAAAUCCCUCCAUCAUGCUCAAGACAUGGGCAAAACUGCAGCCCAGGACAGAGGCUUUACUGGGAGCACUGGUGUCAGAAAAGGUUGACUCUAGAGAUGCCCUUCUUGCAGUUUGGAAGAACAAAGAGAAAUUCCUCCUGUCUGCAUACUGUCAGUGGCUGCCUGAAGCCUUGUACCAGGAGGUGGCCAAAUGUUGGCCUCCUAUAUGAGUGAAGUGACCACAACUUUGCUUAAUACAUUAGACCGGCGACUUGCUGGACCUAACACCUCAGCACCAUUUUUCAACCCAGACUGUUCUCCAGCAUCAGAGGUGGCGCUCUUCAAGUGCUGACUCAUUUUGAGUGCAGCUGUUGCCACAGGACAUUGACUUUUCCUUUUCAUGUUUUACACCUCUUUUAACUGUAUAUAUUAGUCAGUGGCUUUUCCCACUAGAGCUCUAUUAUGACUUUUUAUCUUGCGGCUAUGACUCUGUUGGUGUCAGGUAUGUCUCAUUUGGUCUUCAUAAGACUCGAAUUAAAGUCUGGUUUUA